CGCGGCCUGCCUGCGCUGGAAUGCGCCAGAUUUAUCUACAUUGUUUGUUGGUUGCGCCGGCCUGCGGGGUGCGGUCGCGGAUGUCUGUUGCGGCGAGCCGGACAUGUUCGACCACCGUAAGGACGAUCCAGUUCGGUUUUCAGUCCUAGCCCGACCACAGCCGUCACCAAACGCCGCAGCCAACCGCCCACAUGUUGACCGCCCGACACCGACACCCAAGUCCUCCGGAGACUUCGUCUCCGCCUCGUCGACGUCUUCCACCUCCUACAUCACUCUACACUCUCUCCCAACCUCACUCUUUCGUCCGCUACAACCGACUCCUCCGCGCCCUCGGGCCUUUUCGAUCGGCCAAGAGGUGAGCAGGAAGUAGGAGAGGAUGGUGUUCGCGAUCUCGAAGGUGCACCCGGAGCCCUCGUAGACGUCAAGACGGUGGCCUUGGACGAA